CGACUCUUUGGUAUGCAUUAUUUUCGUUGUAUAUCCUUGCCUCAUUCGAUAUCCAGAUGAGCUUUUUGCGGCGGCUAGGUAAUGGCCUGAAGCGUCUGCGCUCCGGUACGACAGCAACAAGUCUUGUAGGAAAAGCAUCGCCCAUCCGACCUCGACCCGACCAGGAGUUUCUGCUCUACCAGAAAACACGGUUGCCGUGGUGGGUGAACUGGACUUAUGGAUUGCUCGGAUUGAAUAUCGUCUUUACCGCGUCGACAAUGGACCUUGUAUGGAACAACUGGACGAAAAUAUCCACGGAAAAGCCGGCGUAUGCUACUGACGACAAUGAUGAGAAGGACCACACCCAUCGUGUUCUCCGGUCAACCUGGGAGCGACUCUCCGUCGCCGCCUUGGUUUUCCUGUCGGGUUGUGUUACUACAGCCGUAGUCAUGCAAAUGCGCUCUUCAUACGUCCUCGCAUUCGAUAUCUUGGCUGACCAUGGACAGCGCAAUCUAUUCCUCCAGACCAUCCGGACAGGUCCAGCCAAAGGGCUCUCCCUCCCCUUCAAUAAAGCUUACUUGCUACCUGGCCGGAGCAAAAUGGAGUAUAUGAUUCGUGUAGAUGGGAAGCCUACGCGGUGGUACAUUCCAUUGGACGACAACUGCUUCAUUGAUGGAAAGAAGGUGUCCCUGCAGGAGGCGCGUGCAACUAUUGCGAAUACGUGGGGAUCGAAGAGGGUUUCGCAGGAGAUUGCAAACCCCUUCUUGAAGCGGUAGCAGAGGUUGUAUAUCUUGACGAAAAUCGAAAAUUUUCAUCGCUAUUACGACCGCAAGCAUCUCAAGAAAGGUUGUUUUCG